GGAGAAGCACAGCAAAACCAUGAGAUCAAAAGGAUUCGAUAUCUUUAUGAUUGCCCGGCAAGCUGUCAGUUUGAUCUAUCUGCUAGUGGAAGCUGUCAUUAUUCUCUUGACGGCUAGGCAUGAGGGAUUCCGGUUCAAUUUGAAGUGGGGAGUUCUCAUCGGCAUUUUCCUAAUGACGCUCUUGACGGCAGCUCUUCAUGCCUUGUCCCUGGCUUUCAGAUCGAAUUCUUAUCAGCACCCGACGCAUGGGACGCCCGUCCAUAUUUCCUUGAUGUGUUACGGAUUCAUGUUCGGUUAUGAAUCCUUAUCCCUCAUGCUACUGAAGUGGUUGACGAUCUCAUCAAGCCGGGGGGACUCGACACCACGCGAGAAGAAUGUGGUUCAAAUUUACCGGUAUUGCAUCUUCAUUACAAUGAUAUGGUUCCCCGUCAUCACCUCCGCAUGUGUUGUCGCGAUUGUGCGAGCAGCCGCUUUGAACAGUCUGGAAUUGCUUACGCUGUUCUAUAAGCUCUGGAGCAUAUUGGUUGUAUCUCAAUCGAUAUCACUGUUCACGCAUGCGCUCGGAUUCCUCUUCUCCGGGUAUCGUCUGACAUCCACGCUCAGCGAAGGGAGAAAUUUGCAAGUCGGGUCCAAGUCCACUUCCAAAUCAUUCAUCGUGACCGCCGUGAGGGAGGCGAAUAAGGCGUCUCAACCAAAACCGAGGCGAUCCGGUCUGACGGAGACUGUGCGGAACUUGAUGAUCGCCGUUGUGUUUGGGUGGUUUCUUAUGGGCCUUCAACUCGCGCUUAGCGGUGGGUUUGGCCUCGGGUCCCGGGUUGGGUUCUGGAGUUUCCUUUACUACGAUGUUUGCAUUGCCUGGAUUGCGGCCUCCUCUUACUCCGCAAUGUCGGCAGGGAUGAUGGAAACUGUCAUGGAAACGAAUGCGUCUUCCCGAAACCAAACUCAACCCAGCCCAUUUGCAACGACUGGGCAACCUUCGAUUGUAGCUAGAGGUUCAACGGCGGCACUACGCACCGCAGAACUAGACUGCGAGUUUUGAUCAUACUUGGUUUUUCUAUCCUAUUCGCGCAUGUAAUUUGAAUUUUGAGGGACGUAAGAACAAUGUCAGGGGUUUGGACUUCA